AUGACACCUACACUUUGGAAAUUCACACAAGAACUAGCUGGUUUGAACAAAAUUAAUGAUAUAGACAAGGAAAAAAUCAAGUGCAUUUCAAUACAUGCAACUACAAAUGCUGCUGUAGAACAUUUUAUCUUGUCAGAUAAUGAUCAAAAAAAUGAGAUAUCUGAUAACAAAUCUGAUGGCUCAGAAACAAAGAAGCAUUCUUUAGAACAAGAUGAAGAAUUGACAUCAAUUAAGAGAAGACAAAUGGAUGUGGAGUCACCUAAUGUUGAUAUAAAGUCAGUAACUAAAAAUAGAUAUGUGUUAAAGUGGAAUUUUGAAGAAGAUCUGAGGCCUGCAAGAGUGGAAUGGAUCAUUGAUGAAAUAAGCAUAAGUGAAUCAUUUUUCAGUUUAAAAGAGCAUGCUAUAUCUAUGGCAAAUGAACAUAAACUUACCUAUUCAAACCAUCCGGGUGAAAUACU